GGUGUCGCUGUAAGCAGGCUCCUCCUCUCUGAUGCUGCUUCCGCCGUAGCUUCCUGCAUCAGUUAUACUGGUCUCAAAGUUCAAUGCAGUCCGUAAUAAUGAAGAGCUCCAAGGAAGCCGUGCAGUCAGCAGCUAAAGAGUUUUUACAAUUUGUCAACAGAGGCGUGUCUCCAUAUCACGUGGUGGAAGAAUGCCGGAAGCGUCUGCUGGAGGCGGGAUUUCUGGAACUGAAGGAGAUGGAUAAGUGGGACAUCCGGCCAUCCAACAAAUACUUUGUGACCAGGAACUUCUCCAGUGUCAUCGCUUUUGCUGUGGGGGGGCGUUACUCGCCCGGGAAUGGCUUCUCCAUGAUUGGAGCCCACACAGACAGCCCCUGUCUCCGGGUGAAGCCGAGGUCAAAGAAGACAAAGCAAGGCUGCCUUCAAGUAGGCGUGGAAUGCUACGGCGGCGGCAUCUGGAACACCUGGUUCGACCGUGACCUGACCAUUGCGGGCCGUGUCAUGGUUAAGGGAGACGGCAGACUGCUCCACCGGCUGGUGCACGUGCCGCGACCUUUGCUCCGGAUCCCUCACCUGGCCAUCCACCUGCAGAGGGACAUCAACGACUCCUUCGGCCCCAAUAAGGAGAACCACCUCGUGCCCAUUCUGGCCACCGCCGUCCAGGAAGAGCUGGAGACGGGCAGUGCGUCAUCUGGUGACUCCGUCAACGCCGCCAGCACGGCAGACAAGCAUCACCCAGCACUGGUGAAGCUUUUGUGUUCCGAGCUCCAAGUGGAGCCCGAAGCCCUGAUGGACUUUGAGCUCUGUCUGGCCGACACUCAACCCGGGGCUUUGGGAGGUGUGUAUGAAGAGUUUAUUUACUCCCCUCGCCUGGACAACCUCCACAGCUGCUACUGCGCCCUGCAGGGGCUGAUUGAGUCCUGCUCGGGGGACUCGCUAAGCCAAGAGCCCAACAUCCGCAUGGUGACGUUCUUUGACAACGAAGAGGUGGGCUCGCAGAGCACUCAGGGGGCUCAGUCCAACCUAACGGAGCUCAUCCUCACUCGCCUGGCCUCCUCCUCGUCCAAUCCCACCGCCUUCCAGCAGGCGGCGCCACGCUCCUUCCUGAUUAGCGCCGACAUGGCUCAUGCUGUGCACCCAAACUACCACGAGAAGCAUGAGGAGAACCAUCGCCCGGCUUUUCACAAGGGUCCAGUGAUCAAGUUCAACAGCAACCAACGCUACGCCACCACCGCCGUGACUGCCGCCAUUGUCCGGGAAGUCGCUAGCCAGGCCGGCGUUCCUCUUCAGGACGUGCUGGUCCGAAACGACAGCACGUGCGGAAGCACCAUCGGCCCCAUCCUGGCCGCUCGGCUCGGUGUGCCCGUAGUUGACAUGGGCGCUCCCCAGCUGGCCAUGCACUCCAUCCGGGAGAUGUGCUGCACCUCCAGCAUAUUGCAAAGCACCACCCUCUUUAAGGCUUUCUUUGAGUUGUUCCCCCGCGUGAGGAGCACAGUGAUGGUCGAUUAGAAGCAGGAGGAUGGGAAUAAUCAACACGAGGUGGAAUCAAAUCAGAACGGACUUGUUUGAUUGUAAAUGGGUCAGUUCAUGCUGCACACACCUGUAAAUGAUACUUGCAAUAAAGGGCAUUGAAAGACUCAA